AUGCCGAGCAUGGUCACCGCCGCGUUCGCUCUGCUGUCGGUAAUUGCCUGUGUGACUCUCGAAGGGUAUGGAUACUGGUGGAUGCUCUCCAUUCCCUCCGCUAUCGGCUGCAUCCCGAUGAUGAUCUUUUGGGUUUACAAAACGGUCAAGCCCGUCAAUGACUACUUUCACACCCUCAAUGACGCUCUCGGCACACUCUACAAAGGAAUGAGUGUGCAGUAUGCCACAGAUGUGGGAAGGGUUGGCAUGGCGUUCAGCGGUGUCUGCACUGGGGUCUGUGUCUCGGUUGUCAUUGUAGUGUCCUGGAUCCAGAUGAAGGAACGAUCAUCAAGAGACUGUUUCUGGACGUAG